AUGUUCGGCAUCGUAGCAGAUCUCAUUGCCUCCGUGACUACGAUCCUCCUUCCCGCCUACCUCUCCUACAAAGCCCUCCGCACGAACGACCCAGCCCAAACCCACCCGUGGCUGAUCUACUUCACGAUCCUCUCUCUGACACUUCUUUUUGAAUCAUGGACUUUGUUUAUCAUUGGCUGGUUCCCCUUCUACUCCUGGAUCCGCCUGUUGUUCCUGCUCUAUCUGAUCCUCCCCCAAACACAAGGAGCGAAGGUCCUCUACCUCGAUUACCUCGAACCAUACAUCGUCCACCAUGAGAGUCGGAUCGAUCAGUUCAUUGGCGAAGUCCAUGAGAGACUGCAACAGAUGGGCCUAGGCUACCUUAACAUCGUGAUAGAGUUCAUCAGAGACAAGAUCUUGGGUCAAAAGAGUCCACAACCUCACGAAGCUCAAGGUCUCAAUUAUGCAAGCUAUGCGCAAGACCUCCUUUCCCGCUUCUCCAUGCCUGGAGCGCGAACCAAUACACCCACUCAACCUGGCAUAACCUCUGCCGGGGUAUAUAGCCUGGUCUCGAACCUGGCGGGGGCGGCCUUUUCAGGCUCACCGUCCCGCUCCCAAACUGCGGAAGCAGCGUCCGUCCCGCCUUCGCUUUUCCAACAAGGACCUGGUGACAGCACGGCCGAGAGGUCAAGAAACAUCUCUGCUGAGCGUGAAAGAUUGUCGAGCCUGCUUAGGGCUCUAGACAAGGAGCAGCAAAACAUCGAUUUCGCUUAUGGAGCCGCACCCGGUCGGCAAGCUUCAGGGUCGGGGUCUACUGGCUUGAAGGCAAAGUCAAAAAGUGAGCAAUCGUUCGAAAAUGUCGACUAUGACGACGCUGCACAUACCAGCAGCUCGUCGAGCUCCGGCUCUUCUCCGCCCCAACCCGCCGCUGAAGGCCGAAGGACCACCAGUGGCGGCUGGAUCCCGAGCGGUGUGGCUGGGUGGUUUGGAGGGAGUGGAAGUAGUGGCGACGAUGGGGGAGAAGAUCGGAGGGAGAAGGACAAAGAAGAGUUGUCCCAGAGAGUUUCCAAGGGUUGGUCUGCGGCCAGAGACAUCACCGAGGAGGUGUCACGAGGUAUGAGCAGCGGCGUCGACACCGGGAAGGGAUGA